AACAGGAAACCGUCCCGGGGGGAAGUGGGCCAGGGCCAGCUGGAAAACCUGAAGGGGCGGCGGCCAGGCCUCCCUCGCCGUCGGGGUGUGGCUCCCCUCGAGAGGCGGGUCGGCCGCCCGGCAGAGUCCACACCACACUCGGCCCCGGACGGACGGACGGACAGACGGACGGAGACGCCCCUCAGCCCACGGGCGCAAUCUGUCCCUCCUGGGAAGAUGCAGAGGCUCAUGAUGCUGGUUGCCACCUCGGGCGCCUGCCUGGGCCUGCUGGCGGCAGCCGCGGCGGCAGCAGCAGGUGCCACCCCCACCCAUCGGGACACCCCCAGCGUGCUGCACACCCACCGGCGCCAGAAGAGAGACUGGAUCUGGAACCAGAUGCACAUCGAUGAAGAGAAAAACACCUCACUGCCCCAUUAUGUGGGCAAGAUCAAGUCGAGCGCGAAUCGCAGGAACGCCAAGUACCUGCUCAAAGGAGAGUCUGUCGGCAAGGUCUUCCAGGUCAACGCGGAAACAGGCGACGUGUAUGCCUUCGAGAGGCUGGACCGCGAGAAGAUCUCCGAGUACCACCUCGUUGCCCUCAUCGUAGACAAAGACACCGGCAGAAACCUGGAGGCUCCUUCCAACUUCACCAUCAAAGUGCACGAUGUGAACGACAACUGGCCUGUAUUCAUGCACCGGUUGUUUAACGCAUCCGUGCCCGAGAUGUCGGCUGUGGGGACCUCAGUCAUCCGUGUGACAGCAAUGGAUGCAGACGACCCCACUUUGGCAGACCACGCCUCUGUCAUGUACCAGAUCCUGAAGGGGGAAGAACAUUUUGCCAUCGAUAAUUCUGGACUCAUUUUUACAACCACCAAAAACUUGGACCGAGAGGCGCAGGCCAGGUACGAGAUCGUGGUGGAAGCACGAGAUGCCCAGGGCCUCCGGGGGGACUCGGGCACGGCCACCGUGCUGGUCACUCUGCAGGACGUCAACGACAACUUCCCCAUCUUCACCCAGACCAAGUACACAUUUGUUGUGCCGGAAGACAUCCGUGUGGGCAGCGCCGUGGGCUCUCUGUUUGUGGAGGACCCAGACGAGCCCCAGAACCGCAAGACCAAGUACAGCAUCGUGCAGGGCGAGUACAGGGACACGUUCACCAUCGAAACGAACCCCACCCUCAACGAGGGCAUCAUUAAGCCCAUGAAGCCCCUGGACUACGAACGCAUCCGGCAGUACAGCUUCACCAUCGAGGCCACAGACCCCACCAUCAACCUCAGAUACCUGGGCGGCACCUCCAACAGGAACAAAGCGCGGGUCAUCAUCAACGUCACAGACGUGGACGAGCCCCCCGUCUUCCAGCGGCCCUUCUACCACUUCCAGCUGCAGGAGAACAAGAAGAAACAGCCCGUCGGCUCGGUGCUGGCCAUGGACCCCGAUGAGACGCGGCACAACAUUGGAUACUCCGUCCGCAGGACCAGUGACAAAGGCCAAUUCUUCCAAGUAACCAAACAGGGGGACAUUUACAAUGAGAAAGAACUGGACCGAGAAAUCUACCCCUGGUAUAACCUGACUGUGGAAGCCAAAGAACUGGAUUCUAGUGGGAUCCCCACAGGCAAAGAAUCCAUCGUGCAAGUCCACAUUGAAGUUCUAGAUGAGAAUGACAAUGCCCCUGAGUUUGCCCAGCCCUAUGAGCCCAAAGUGUGUGAGAACGCCGCCCAGGGCAAGCUGGUCCUGCAGAUCUCCGCAAUCGACAAGGACAUAACGCCACAAAACGUGAAGUUCAAAUUUGCCCUGACCACUGAGGACAGCAACUUCACCCUCACGGAUAAUCACGAUAACACUGCCAACAUCACGGUCAAGUACGGGCAAUUUGAUCGGGAACGAGCCAAGGUCCACUUCCUGCCCGUGGUCAUCUCAGACAAUGGGAGGCCGAGCCUCACAGGCACCAGCACGCUGACCGUGGCCGUGUGCAAGUGCAACCAGCGCGGCGAGUUCACCUUCUGUGAGGAUUUGGCCCCGCAGGUGGGCGUCAGCAUCCAGGCACUGGUGGCCAUCUUCCUGUGCAUCCUCACCGUCACAGUGAUCGCGCUGCUCAUCUUCCUGCGGCGGCGGCUCCGGAAGCAGGCCCGCGCCCACGGCAGGAGCGUGCCCGAGAUCCACGAGCAGCUGGUCACCUACGACGAGGAGGGCGGCGGCGAGAUGGACACCACCAGCUACGACGUGUCGGUGCUCAACUCGGUGCGCCGAGGCGGGACCAAGCCCCCGCGACCCGCGCUGGACGCGCGGCCGCCCCUCUACGCCCAGGUGCAGAAGCCCCCGCGACACACGCCCGGGGCGCACGGCGGGCCCGGGGACAUGGCGGCCAUGAUCGAGGCGAAGAAGGACGAGGCGGACCAGGACGGCGGCGGCCCCCCCUACGACUCGCUGCACAUCUACGGCUACGAGGGCUCCGAGUCCAUCGCCGAGUCCCUCAGCUCGCUCGGCACCGAUUCGGCCGACUCCGACAUCGAUUACGACUUCCUGAACGACUGGGGACCCAGGUUCAAGAUGCUGGCGGAGCUGUAUGGCUCAGACCCCCGGGAGGAGCUGGUGUAUUAGGGGGCCCAAGCCCCCUGCAGCCCAGGCCAGUCACACACCAGGCCCCCAGCCCUCCAAAGGUGGCCCGGACUCCCGGGCCCAGCAGCCCUCCCUGUGGGUGCCAGAGACCUCACCAUCCCUGGGAUAGCAAACUCCAGGUCCCUGAAAUACCAGGAACAAAUGUCAGCGCUGGCUACCCCGAAAUGCUGGAAAAUCCAGGCCAGUGUUCUGUCUGGGCUCAGACAUCCACGUAACCCCGUCACCCCCAGACCACAGUCUAACUCAAAGACUUUCUCUGGCUCAGCAAGGUUGCAGAGCAGCCCGUGUUCAACUGCUGGGGGUGUUCCCCUGGGGUCCCUGAGCCACCUUCUGGGGCUGGUGAGGUCCUGGUGCCUGUCUGCCAGGAGGCACGACCCAUGGGGCAAGACUCUGCCACCCAGUCCCCAGGAAGACUGCACUGGCCCAUCAGUCCUGCUCUGAAGAGUCCCGGCCCUGCUCCGACUCCCUCACACCCUCCCAAGUGUCCACUGCUCUCUGGCCCCAAGAGGGAGGAAGGGGCCACAUGGCAGCUCCCAACCUUGGGUCCUGAGGUGACCACACUGGCCUGC